AAAUUAAAAAAGAAAAGAGUAUAUACACAAGUAAUUAAAAAACUGUCUGAAAGUAACUUCCUCUGCUUAUUAAUGCCAUUCAAAAGUGCAUUUCACUUUCAGUGACUAUUGCCUCCAAUAAAUGGAACCUCCACCGCCACUGCCACCGUUAAAAUCACCAUGCAGUCCAACACCUGAUGGAGUUCUUCCAAGGCAAAUUGAGCUAUCAUCUCUCCAGAAAGAGUUUCUGGAUCAACAUUUGAGUACCCGUGAAGAUCUUGUCGCAAGAGCUCCACUUCUCUUAACAGAUUUGAAGCAAAGCUAUGCAGAUUUAGAAUCCAAUUUCAUAAACUUACAGAGAAAUCAUAUAAAACUCACCGUUUCAUGGAUUUCUCAUUCUUUUGGAGCCAAGUCAUUGAUUGCUAAUCUUAAUUACAUGUUGGAGAAUCUCAGUUUUCACACUUCUCAAUAUGGGAGUUGUCCAAGGAAAAUUCUGAGUGAGGAAAUGCCUCAACUUGUCAAGGGCCUGAAAAGAAUUGAAUGUAUUCACAGUUACGUUGAUAUUGCCUUACAGUUGGAAGCUCUGGUUGGGGAUCUUGAAGACGCAAUUUACACUAUUGGAGAUUCACAUGCCAAGUUUUCAGCAAAGCUUUUGACUUCAAUGAUUUCAACUGAUUUUGGGUUAAAGCAAGAGAUACUACUCAGAGCCAUAAAAGUGAUGAAUAACAUCGAGGACAUAUUGGUUACUGUUGUGAAAGUUCAUCCUAAAUGGUCUCAUCUUUUGGAAUCUGUUGAUGUCAGAGUAGAUAAAUCUUUAGCUGUUGUUCGGCCUCAAAUUCUUGCCGAUCACCGAGCUCUUCUUGCUUCGUUAGGCUGGCCUCCUAAACUUUUGACAUCAAAAGUUGAUACUGGAGAAAUUACUAGCUUUCCUAACCCCCUUGUUUUGAUGGAAGGAGACAAAAGAAAGUGUUAUUCACAGAGUUUUCUAGGUCUUUGUGCUUUGCAGCAUCUGCAGACACGCAGGGAAGAUCGACAGCAUAACAUUUUUGGACAGAAGGAGUGCACCAUGAGACUUUGGGCUAUUGAUGAACUGGUUUCGCCUAUUGCUUCACGAAUGGAAUAUCACUUCUCUAAAUGGGUUGAACAGCCUGAAUUCAUGUUCGCACUUGUAUAUAGGAUUACAAGAGACUUUAUUGUGGGAGUGGAUGAUGUUUUGCAACCUUUAAUUGAUAGAGCAAGACUGGUGAGUUACAGCGCCAGAGAAGCUUGGGUUUUGGCAAUGGUGCAAAUGCUUUCUGAGUUGUUAUCAAAAUCUGUUGUUUCUGAACUUGCUAAAAGGUAUAAGGAGAAACACGCAAAAGUAGAAGUUGCAUCUUCAUGGCUUCAUUUGAUAGAUCAUAUUGUUGCUUUUGAUAAACGGAUGCAAUCACUUGUCAGUUCAGAAAUUCAUUUUUUCUUGGAGUCUGAAAGGCACGAUGAGCCUUCAAGAGGAGUUUCAGUAUUGAAGAUAUUUUGUGAUAGGCCAGAUUGGCUCAAGAUAUGGGCAAAAAUAGAGCUCAAGGAUGCCUGGAAGAAACUAAAACUUGAUCUAAAAGAUGAGACAGCUUGGUCAAUUGAUAAGAAAUGUGGAGUUAAUUUCCAACUCAGUGCAGAGACUGAACAAUUUUUCCUUGCAACUAGAGAAGACUAUAGAGCCCCAUUAGUAACAGAAUCUGCCAUUAAAAUUUCCUGGGAAAUGAUUGAACGAUGCCAAACUCUGCCUGAUGUUCUACUACGUGUUCGAUUUAUCAGAUCGACUGCUGGAAAAUUCCUCUGGCAUUUUCUUAAUGUAUUGGUUUUGAGAUGCAAAAACACUGAGUUUCCAAUAGAUAGUCCAGAUGAUGCCUUGAUCAAAGUCUGUGUAUCAAUCAAUGCUGCCAGGUAUAUCGAGUCUAAGCUACAAGAGUGGAGUGAUGAUGUCAACUUCUUGGAGAUGAGAAUUGCUGAAAGAGCUUUAGACAUAAACAGAAAUGACAAUGGGGCUGAUGAUAAUAGCUUUUUUAGGGAAGAAGUUAAAAGCAUGCUGGAGCUUGAGACCAACUGGCUUAUGGACAUAAUUACUUGUCUCCUCCAUCAUUUUGAAGCACUCUCCUGGGAAUAUCUGCAGAAUGCAAAACAGUUUGAGCAAGGGCGAGGAAAUCUUACUUCAGCAGUCACUGAUUUAGCAAUAUCCACUGAUAUUGUCGAGGCACUGGAUACCAUUAAAAGUGAGCUUCGCAUUCUUAAAUUGAGUCUCAAUCCAAAAGACUUCUUUGAUUUGUGGAGAAGUGUUGCUGAUGGGCUUGACCAUUUUAUCUCAAGCAGCAUUUUGGUGAGUGAUAUUCUUUUUUCUAGCUUUGGGAUUAAUCAGUUUGAAGCUGAUAUGCAAGCACUAUUCUUUGUUUUUCAACCGUUCUGUGCUCGGCCUGACGCAUUUUUCCCUUGUAUUAGAGAGACUAUUAGGCUGUUGAAAAUGAGUAGGGAAGAAGAAAAGUAUUUGCAAGUAGUUACAUCCACUGUUGAGAACCCAACAAAAUGCCUACACUCUGGGAAUUUUACACUUAACAUUUGAUCAAGUUGAUAAAAUUUUGAGGAGGAGAAGAUUUGAAACUUGAGCUUUAGUAUUGUGCUUUUUGUCUCCUCUUUUUUCCUUUCCCCCAAAUCUUCCCAAGUAUUUUGUUCAUAGAGAUAGACUAUUAGCUAAUACAUUCUCUUGAUGACCUUUGUGUUAUCACUUAUACCCAUGAAACCAAAUAAGAUUAUGAGCUGCUAAUGACUUUCAAUGGGUGUUUGAUAUAGCUGCUGAAGAAGUUUAGUCUCUCAGUUUCCAAUAGCUACUACAUAAAAAGUAUCUUGUUUUGUUAAAUCUCUAAAUUGGCAGAUGGUGUCCUGUUGGAGUAUUAAUUAAAUGGCACUAGUUCACACUUCACAGUUUUUGGCAUUGUAGCUUUUGACUUAUAGUUCAGUUUUGAUUAAAAAAAAAAAAAAAAAAGAAAUUGAAUCAUUUAUCUUUUUUUUUUUUUUUUUCUUUCUCAAUGUUAACUUGUAAAAGUUCUUAAUAAGAACUAUUAAGGGUAAAUGGCAGAUGCCUGUGUUUUGGCAUAUUGUACUAUUCUUUUAUAUUAUGUUAAUUUUGUCCCUUCAUUA